AUGGAUUUCUAUUACUCGCCUAUUUCUAUACAAUGCCGUUCAGUUCUAAUGACUGCUAAAGCUCUUGGAAUUGAAUUGAACAAAAAAUUGUUGAACUUGCAAGCCGGUGAACAUCUUAAUCCCGAGUUCAUCAAAUUGAAUCCACAACAUAACGUUCCAACCUUGGUUGAUAACGGUUUCUCCAUUUGUGAAGCCCGCGCUAUUUGCAUCUACUUAGUUGAGAAGUAUGGAAAAACUGAUUCCUUGUACCCAAAAUGUCCUCAGAAGCGUGUCGCCAUUAAUCGGCUUUUGGACUUCGAGGUGGCUGAUUUGAACAAAAGCUUCGCGGAAUAUUACCACCCACAAAUAAUCUGUAAAGCUCCAGCUGAUCCUAAAAACCUUAACCUAAUUGAAGGUGCCUAUCACUCUUCGAAUAUAUUUUUGGAGGGACAUGAGUUUGCUGUUGGCGAUAGUCUCACCUUGGCUGAUCAUUUCUUAUUGGCAAGUGUAUCCACAUUCGACGUAGCUGGUUUCGACUUCAGCAAAUAUGCUAAUGUUGCUAAGUGGUACAACAAUGCAAAGAGUGUCGUACCUGGCUGGGAUGAGAAUUGGGCUGGCUGUCAAGAGUUCAAGAAGUUUUUUAACUAAGUUUGUUAG